AUGGCGUGCACGAUCUACAAAGUUAAGAAUCUGUUUUGGUACAUGGUGCUAGCAACGGUCGCUUGCACUUCCGUGGCCGGACAUACGACCGAAACAUUGACAAGUGGCGCUAAAGCUGACAAGAACGCGAACAAAUUGCCUGAGAGUGCUGCAUUGACAAGUGGCGAUGGAGUUGACAAGAACCUUAAAUUAGGUCUUGCGCCUCCGUCCGAAAAUACGGUCGAAGAACUGACACCUGGUAAUGGAGUUGACAUGAACCUGGAAUUAGGUCUUGCCCCUCCGUCCGGAAAUGCGCUCGAAGAAUUCACAACUGGUGCUAGAGCUGGCAAGAACGCGAACAAUUUGCCUAUAAGUGCUGCAUUGGCAACUAACGAUGGAGUUGGAGAGAUUGAGAAAAUUUUGGACGAGGGCGCCAAAAAAUCUCUGGCGUUGGAGUGGAGUGAUGAAAUGAUGGUUCGCUUGGAAAAAAUGUUACUUGCUGGCAAGAAGGAUGUAACCCAAAUAUUGACGGAAGUGAAAGAGUGGAACCAAGAAAGUGGGCUUGGAUUCCCAAUUCCACUGUUGUUUGAUAAGUUAUCGAAGCACUUUACAGAACGAGAGCUAGCAGGACAGCUAGUUCUGGCGCAAGACAAGGAGAAUGUGAAGGAAACGGCAAACAUGUUGGCGGAUUAUCAAAUGAUGAGGUGGAUUCAUAAGGAUAAGUAUAGUGGUGAAGAUGUCUUCAAGCUUCUUUGGUUUGAAAUUGCAAGCAUCGACAGCCCAUUGUUUGACACGCUGAUUUCUUAUAUGGCAAUGCUCGACGGAAAAGUAUAUUCAUACAAAACUAAGAUGAAACCACUACUUGAUAUGCUGAAGCAAUACUUUUCGGAACAAAUUCUUUUCGAGUGGUUCAAUGCUUUGGCUGAAACUCCCCAAGGCAAGAUACGUGCCAGUUCUUUGAAACAGUUGCUCCAAAGCAAUAUGGGCAAUGAUUGGGUAUCUAAAGUCAAGGGUAAAGUAUUUCUGCUUGGACCGCUCAAACGAAAAGACGGUGAAGUACCAGAGGGACUACAAGCCAGUAUUGGACGAGGCUGA